UGCCUGCACGUUUCUUCCAUUCUUCAUUGGCUACGCCUUUGUGAUAUUGUUACGAGGCGAAAACGCAGCCUGAGAAGUUUCUCUUGCGGCAGCGAUUUCUCACAAAAGGCCACGCUACAUGUACACGAUCACAUCGCUGAGAAAGAGUUGCGGUUCUAUUCGAUCUUGACCCUCACUAGUCGCCGAGUCCAUUCCGCCUGCUGAGCAGCUAGGACCGAUUACCUACCUACGUUUAAUGAGCCGCGUCGGUGCCGAUGCAUAUAAUGGCUAAUGCAAAGCCAUAGGUGUGAGAGGUGAUUGACUGACUCACUUUCCGUCUUAUAAGUGCCAACCACCAUCCGUGUCUAGAAGGCACGCUAUGAACCCGUCUGAAUCCGCAUUCCCCCCAAGAGAAGCCAGAUAAAUGCGCAUCACCCGGAUCGUCCAUCAUCCAUAAACGCGCCGAAGUGCCCUUUUCGAGCAACCAACCGACAACUCGGAGACUAGACCGACACUUUUACCCACGUAUCUAUCCAUCCACGCCAUGGCCUUCGCAAACCUCCUCCCACUGGAGUCGUGGUGGCCGCCAUCAGCUGCGGGGAUCCUCCUCGCGCUAACCGCGCUGUACGCCUUCGCGCUGUACCUUUCCUCGCGCAAGCUCGACCCCCGCGAGCCCGAGGUCGUGGCGCCCGCCGUCCCGCUCGUGGGCCACGUACUCGGAAUGGCGAUAUUCGGCGGCAGAUACGUGAAGAACCUAGGCAUCCGCCGCCCGGACCUGCCGAUCUUCACGCUGCCCGUGCCCGGGUCGCGGCUGUACAUCGUGACGGACCCAGGCCUGGCGGCGGCGGUGCAGCGGGCGCCGCGCGCGCUGUCGUUCCUGCCGCUCGUCCCGGAGCUCACGCGGCGCGUGCUCGGGCUCGACGCGGCCUCGGUCGCGAUCGCGCGGCGCCGCAUCGACGACGACCUCGACCUGCCCGCGACCACCGCCGCCGCCGGCCCCCCGCGCGCGAGGGGCUUCCUCACCGACAUCCAGGACAUGGUGACGGCGCAGCUGGCGCCCGGCGCGUACCUCGGGCGGCUGAGCCUGCGCGCGGCGCGGGACCUGCGCGACGAGAUCGGCACGUGGCGGGCCACCGCGCUCGACCCGCCGCACCGCCCCGCCGCCGCGCGCGCCGACCUGCUGGCGUGGGUCCGCGGGCUCGUGACGCGCUCGACGGCGCGCUCGCUGUACGGGGCGCGGAACCCGGUGGCGGCGGACGCGUCGCUGGCGGACGCGUUCUGGGACUUCGACGGCGGGCUGGGCGGGCUGCUGGCGGGCGUGUGGCCGGCGGCGACGGCGCGGCGCGCGCACGCCGGGCGCGAGCGGCUCGUCGCGGCGCUCGAGACGUACCUCGCGCGCGGGGAGCACCUCACGGGCGACGAGGCGGAGGACGGGCCGGGCUGCUCGGCGAUCGUGCGGCGGCGCGUGGCGAUCGCGCUGGCGCACGGCUGGGCGCUGGGCGCGGUCGCGCGCGAGGAGCUGUCGUUCCUGUUCGCCGGCAUCGUCAACGCGACCACGACGGCGUUCUGGGUGCUGGCGCACGCGUACGCCGACGCGGCGCUGCUGGCGGCGGCGCGGCGCGAGGUGGAGGCGGCGCUGGAGCCGGCCGAGGAAGAAGGGGGCGGGAGCCGGCGGCGCCUCAGCAUCGCGGCGCUGCGCGACCGCUGCCCCGCGCUCGCCGCGACGUACCGCGAGUGCCUGCGGCUCGGCUCCGACACGUACUCGACGCGGCUCGUGCGCGAGGACACGCUGCUCGCCGGGCGGCACUGGCUGCGGCGCGGCGCGGUCGUGCAGGUCGCCGGCGGCGUGAUGCACGCGGACGCGCGGAUCUGGGGCGCGGACGCGGCCGCGUUCGACCACCGGCGGUUCCUGGAGGGCCCGGAGGCGGAGGCGAAGAAGAGGAACAAGAACAAGGUCCACCCCGCCGCGUUCCGGGCCUUCGGCGGCGGCAAGACGCUGUGCCCCGGGCGCCACUUCGCGACGAACGAGAUCCUGGCGCUCGUCGCGCUCGUGGUGCUGCAGUUCGACGCGAGGGCGCCGGACGGAGGGCCGAUCGAGGUCCCGCGGAAGAACGACGGCGUGCUGCCGGUGCACGUGCUGGAGCCCGUGCGGCCGGUUGAAGUAGUGAUCUCGGAGCGGGCGGACGGGUUCGCGGCCGGAGGGCUCGACGUGGAGUUUGUCUUGUGAUUAAAGGGGGGGAGGGGAGUGGGGGUAAGACGAAGGGGGAAAGGGGCAGGAUGAGUGCGGAGGUGCUUACGGUAAUUGUGGUAAUGGUAACUAGGAUGAAGAUGGAGCUAUGUAUUUUAUGGGAUGAGAUGUGAGAUAAUAAUAAGAGCCGUAUUGUCGGCGAAGACUUGGGAUGUUGCAAGCCAUACCUACUAUAUCGAUGACACUCUAUAAGAAUGCGUCUAUGUCUCCUCAUAGGACGAUCUCGAUCACUAGCCGCAAACCACACAUGGUUCCAGAAAUUCGGGUGCUUUCCUACCCUGUCACUCGUGACGUGUAGUUGCGAUCCCGCCGCAGAUCGUCGGUUAUGUAGAUAUAUGAGUAC